GCUGGGUCCCGAGGUGAUCACGUGACGACGCCCUGGAGGCCGGGUCAGCUGAUCUCUCCGCUGAGGCUGUGGAAGCAGCGACGGCAGCAGCAUAGUAGUCGAGGCAAUGGAGUUUCUCCUGGGCAACCCUUUCAGCUCGCCAGUCGGGCAGCGUAUAGAGAAAGCUACUGAUGGCUCCCUGCAGAAUGAAGAUUGGGCCCUCAACAUGGAGAUCUGCGACAUCAUUAAUGAAACAGAAGAAGGGCCCAAAGAUGCCUUCCGAGCCAUAAAGAAAAGGAUUGUAGGGAACAAGAACUUCCAUGAGGUGAUGCUGGCUUUGACAGUCCUUGAAACAUGUGUCAAAAACUGUGGUCACCGCUUCCAUGUACUGGUUGCCAGCCAAGAUUUUGUAGAAGGUGUGCUGGUGCGAACCAUCCUCCCCAAGAACAAUCCUCCCACAAUUGUGCAUGACAAGGUGCUGACUCUUAUACAGUCCUGGGCUGAUGCCUUCCGUAGUACACCAGACCUGACAGGAGUUGUAGCUGUUUAUGAGGACCUGAGAAGAAAAGGCCUGGAGUUUCCCAUGACUGAUCUGGAUAUGCUGUCACCCAUCCAUACGCCACAGAGGACUGUCUAUACCCCAGAAUCCUCAUCAGGUGUGAAUUCACCACCAGCAGAAUCCCCUCAAGUAAUAGAGUCUAUCCUGCAUCCUGUAUCCUUACCAGGCACUCCAGGAAUUGCAACUGAUGCUCCCAUCGCACCUACACCAGAUCAGAUUGGGAAACUACGCAGUGAGCUAGAAGUAGUGAAUGGAAAUGUGAAAGUGAUGUCUGAGAUGCUAACUGAACUCGUGCCAGGACAAGCUGAACCUUCUGACCUUGAACUGCUCCAGGAACUGAACCGGACGUGUAAAGCAAUGCAGCAGCGUGUGUUGGAACUGAUUCCCCGUAUCCUCAAUGAACAGCUAACAGAGGAGCUGCUCAUUGUCAAUGACAAUCUCAACAACAUUUUCCUACGCCAUGAACGGUUCGAAAGACUUCAGUCUGGACAGCCUGCUAAAGAAAAAACUGCCGAAAAUACCAGCAAUUUAAUUAACAUGGGAUCCAGUGCUGCACCAGUCGAAAAAGAGCCAGAAGCCACCAACACACUCUCAUCUCAGCUUGCAGGAAUGAAUCUGGGUUCAGGUAGUGUCAGUGCUGGCCUGCAAUCUCUUAAUAAUUCUGGCAAAUUGGAGGAAGAGUUUGACAUGUUCGCACUAACCCGUGGCAGCUCCUUAGCUGAGCAACGCAAAGAGGUGAAGUAUGAAGAUCCUCUAGCCACAAAAGGACUAGCUGGAGCCUUGGAUGCCAGACAGCAAAAUACAGGCGCGCUGGAGCCAGGUGUGUCCAAUGAUGGAGCCCCCAUUGCAAACUGGAUGGAACGUCAAGGAAUGAUUCCGGUCCCCCAGGCAGCCGUCAUGGAGGAUAUUGAGCAGUGGCUCUCCACUGAUGUGGAAAAUGAGACAGAGGAUCCAAAGGGUGUCACCAGUGAAGAGUUUGACAAGUUCCUGGAAGAGCGAGCAAAGGUGGCCGACCGACUACCCACACUUCCCAGUCCCUCUGCUGGGGUUCCUCCCCCUUCUACCAGCUCUGGACCCCACCGAAAGAAGGACAAAGAAGAAGAUGCCAUGUUUGCUUUAUGAGUCCUAUUGUGAACUGGUGUGCUGUGGUUGCAAGAGGAUCUGUGUGCUGCACUACACUCCCCUUCUUGGAUGAGGGGGCGAGAAGCAAGAAGGCAGUGGUUAGAGGAAGAGAUCUUUGCUCUUUCCUCACUUCCUGCCUCUUUUUUCUAAGCUGCUUUGGGGUUAGAUUAAUCAUUGCUGCAUUGGGGGAAUUGAGAAAUGAAUGCUGGAAAAGGGUUACAAAGCUGCCAAAAGUAUUGCCAGAUGAGUUUGAUGGAUGUGGCAUUUCUCCUGUGUGGUUUAGGCAAACCAAAUUUGUUCUCUGUUAUUCCGUUUUUUUUCCUUUUCCAGUGAAGAGAUUGUAAAAGCCAUGCUGAAAAUUGGUAGUGAGAUUUGUAGUUACUUACCAGUCUCACAAAUGACUUCACUGAAUUUUAAACACUGUGCAGCUCUCUUCCCCUACAGCUUUCCACACUGUGCCCUCCCCUAACAGAAACAAGAAUUAUGGAUGCAGUUUGUAGUGGCAAGAGAGUGAAGUUGGGAGUAAAGCAGUAAUAUCGGCCAGGCCACUCUUACAUCCCUUCCUGUUGUGCAGGCAUUUUUUUCAGAAUCUUGCCUGCAGGACAUGCAAGUAGCCAUUCCAGGUACCAGUCAUCUGGAGCACAGAGAAAAGGGGUGUUAGGCGGUACAAAAUCCUUCUAAGACUGGCUUCUUCCUAUUCUUCAAAGCUUGAAACACCCUAGAGACAAGAUUUUCUCUUCAAAAAGAAUUCAUAUUAUCCAUUAAUCAUGAUUUCUGUGUCCCCACCAUAGCCUUUGCCCUUAAAGCUCUGCCCAGUGACCCCUCCUUCUUUACAGUGGAGGCUGAAUUCUUUGCACAUUAGCAGAGAAAACUGAGGAAGUGGCAUUUAGUAUAUUCAAGAUCAGUGGGCAAGGUAAUGGUUGCAGUGAAAUGCUGAAUUAUUCCAUGUAACUGGGAGACCUGUCUUUUAUAUUCCAUAUUAAAAACAACAACAAUAAAAACUUUGACUUCAGAA